AAUUUCAUAGACCAUAGACAAACGCACACUUAUAUAAAACAUCCACAUUUUUAUUCACCAAAUUCAACAACCAAAUCAUUCAACACUUUCACAUAUGGACGACAUUGAAGUUCCACACUUUUUCAUUUGCCCAAUCUCUCUCCAAAUCAUGAAAGAUCCAGUUACUGCUAUAACAGGCAUAACCUACGACCGAGACAGCAUCGAACAUUGGUUACUCCGAAACAAAAACACUACAUGUCCUGUCACAAAACAACCUCUCCCUCUAGAUUCUGAUUUAACACCGAAUCAUACACUCCGUCGAUUGAUUCAAUCAUGGUGCACACAGAAUGCUUCGCUCGGUGUCGAUAGGAUUCCAACGCCGAAGCCGCCUCUCACGAAAGCUCAUGUCGAGAAGCUUCUCAAAGGAAUGAAAGAUCCUAAAGUUCAGCUCAAGAGUUUAAUGCAGUUGGAGUUACUUGCUGCGGAGAAUGAGAGGAAUAAGAAGUGUUUGUUGGAAAACGGUGUCCCGAAAGCAAUGAUCAUGUUCGUAUAUGAUUGUUAUAAAAAAGGCGAAAUCGUGGAAGGUAUCGAAGAAGCUCUUAGUUUUUUACAAUUUGUUAAGCUUCCAAACGACAAAGCUAAGAAUCUUUUAUCAGAAAACAAUGAAGUAUUAGAUUGUUUAACAUGGAUAUUAGAUUUACCUUCUGAAAUGAAGAACUCGGUAGCUGUGAAAUCUCAUGCGGUUUUGGUGCUUAAAAGAUUCAUCAACAACUGUGAUUCAAUUGUUCUAGAGAGAUUAAAACCCGAGUUUUUUAAAAGCGUUGUAAAAUCUCUAAAAACCGGUGUAAUAACUCAACAAGGUUUAUGUGCUGCUUUACAUGUUUUAUUAUGUUGUUGUCCUUUGGGAAGAAACAGGUUAAUGAUGGUUGAAGCUGGUGCUGUUAACGAAAUGAUAGAGAUCGAAUUAAUGUCGAUACCAGAGAAGAGAAUCACGGAGCUAACUUUCGGUAUUUUGUUUCAUUUGUGUUCUUGUGCUAAUGGGAGAUAUCAGCUUUUGAGUCAUGAAGGUUCGAUUGCGGUGUUGACAGAGAGAAUCUUGAAGGGUUCAAUGGCGGUUGAUGAUAGAGCGGUGUUUAUACUUUCUUUGAUAAGUAAAUUCUCUGCUACUAAGACGGUUUUGGAAGAGAUGUUAAAAGUUGGAACUGUUUCUAAGCUUUUUGUUUUGCUUCAAGCUGAUCAUGCUAAGUAUUUGAAGGAUAAAGUUAUGGAAAUAUUUAAGGCUCAUUCUGAGGUUUGGAAGACUUCUCCUUGCUUUCCUCAAGAUUCUUGUUAUGCUAGUUUGCAUAGGUGAAAUUAAUUGAUGAAAAGUAUGCAAUAAUAUAGGUGAUUUAAAUGUUAAGAUCUUGAAGAAGUACUAUUUUUUGUAUUGUGUUUGUGGUAGAUGCACUCAAGUGUGAGAUAUAGUAAAGUAUAUUUUAAGAUAACAUUAUACAACCUUAUAUAAUAAAGUAUAAUCUCAUUCUUUUUAUUGUUGUUUUCAUUUGUUUGAUGGUAAAUGAACUUCAAAUAAAUUAUGAUCCAUCUUUGAUGUGUUGAAGAGGAAGAACUGUGUAGAGACAAGUUUUCAAGGAAAAGGAAAUUGUAUGUGGGCCUAAAUAUUAAAUGAAACUGUAGGAGGUGAUUGUAGAUAAUAAGACUUGAUUAAGUUGGACUUUGAAUUUGGCUUUUGACUCAUUCAAUUGAAAUUAUAUUUGGACUACAUGAU